AUGCCUACUACCAACAGUAACAUCGUCAAGACGAUCAGCAAUCCUAAUCGGUUUAGUUCCCAACCAGGUUUGAUGAAUAUGUCAGUAGUUGUAAAUCCAGCUCAACAAGUUAGCCGGCUCGGACCUAUAAAUUCUGUAUAUCCACCAACUUCGAUGCCUCAAAGAACUGCUGGUGCAAAUCCUUUAAUUUCAAGGAAUGGGGGGAGGAUUGCAUCAAAUUCAUCCUCUUGGAAUUAUACUCCAGGUUCUUCUUUAGUGUCUCAGAAUAUUCCAUCACGACAAAACUUUACAUCGUAUCCCAACUCGAUACAUAGUGUUCAUCCUUCACAAAACGAUUUAUUAGACAUGUCUGAGUUUCCGGCUUUAGGCAGUACUAACUCAGCUUCGAAUAAUGCAUCCGCAAGUGGUCUUGGAUCAAGUUAUGCCAACACUGCGCAAACUGGAUCAAAUUCUGUAUUAAAUGACAAUAGACCACUGCACCAACAACAACAACCGCAAGAGUUUACGAUUGAUGAUUUUCCGGCUUUACCUGGUCCUUCAAAUAGUGGUGUAACAAAUCGUGGCGUUGUCGGUUCACAGCCAGUAUCACACCAUCUCGUCAAUCAUCAACAAAAUAAUGUUGAUGGAUUAAAUAACGGAAAUAAUAUCUCAACAGGCUUAUCAGUAUCAGGGGUACAAGAAAGUCGGAUGAGCGUGGGUGGACUUAGACCACCAUCGCAUCCGCCAGUUAAUUCUGUGUCUGAGCAGGACAAAAAGAAUUACCCUACAAAAGCUGGAGGUACUGUACAAACCUUACAACAAUUUCCCUCUUCAUCCUCUUCGAUGAUACCGUACUCAUUAACUGGACCUCUCACCCCAACAACGCCAUACUCAACAUCUUCCUUAACGGGUACGCUACACCCGUCAAUAGGCAUAUCAAACUUACAAUCAUCUGUAGGUGGUCCUUCGUUAAAUUCGUCUUCUUCAACAGCUGGUCUAGCAUCGGCUGAUGGAUUCGGAUUGCUUGGUCUGCUAAGUGUAAUAAGGAUGACUGAUCCUGAUUUAAGCAUGUUAGCGUUAGGAAGUGAUCUUACAACGCUAGGUUUAAAUUUAAAUUCUCCUGAUGCACUCUAUGCAACUUUCACCUCACCAUGGUCUGAAAAUAAUCAGGCUAUUGGGUUAAUUGAACCUGAAUAUCAUCUACCUUCAUGUUACAACGUACAACCACCACCACCAGCUCAAUCUAAAAUAGGUUCAUUUUCGGAUGAGACUCUAUUUUAUAUUUUCUAUAGUAUGCCUCGAGAUAUAUUACAAGAGACUGCUGCACAGGAAUU